AUUCUGAGAUGGGCUUUAUAAACCUCACCCACCUGCCAGAUACAGGAGACAGGUGGCAGAGAGCUGCUGUGUAUGUUCUUUGCAGCCAGGGGAGCAUAUAUAGUGUGCGUGUAAUGUGGGUGUUCCAUCUUAUGGUGCUCUUUCUGCUGACUCUGUAUCAUUGCAAUGGCCAGAAUGAAGAUGACAAUUACUGCCCAGCUCAUUUAUUCCAUGUGGGGGAUUUUUGCAUUCAGCUUGAAAAAGACAAAAAAGGGUUUUCUUAUUCUGAAAGCAGAUGCAAAGAAAGUGGUGGAGCAAUUGUGUACAUUGAAAACCAGAUGAUGCUGGAUGCAUUGAUUUCUCUACUAAGAGAAGAUGACAGUUUGUGGGUGGAUAUGUCUCCAGAUCUGCAAAAUCAGCUGUAUCCCAGUGAAGCUGCCAAUCACAGUGAGCCUGGAAGAAAUAAGCGCUGUUUUGCAAUAUCUAGCACCAGAGCAAACUUGGCAGAUUGUGAGGAAGAAAGGGGGUUUAUCUGCUCAUUUGAUAGUCCUAAGAAACACAAACCCAUUCGCAAGCGGCGUGACUGCUAUUCGAGAAAGAAGAACAAAAAAUACAAUAAUGCAAAUAACAGCACAGGCAACCCACCAGACUUUAGCAAAAUCACUCCUCUUACAUCAGAAUCCCUGAAAAACAUGACUCUGGAAACAGCAAUUCAGAUCACAGCACAAUAUGUGAAUGAAUUGCAGCCAAAAGUUCAGGAAAUCUGGACAAUAGAACCUUUGGUGACAGCCUGUGAAAUUCUUAAUAAGCUGUUAAACACCAGUGACUUUCUAUCUCCGGAGGCUCAGAUGAAUGCGAGUCAAAUCCUAGCUGACCUUGCUGAACAGCUACUAAAAAUUGUGGAUGGAUCCAAUAACAUAUCUGCUGUUAAUGUGACAGAAGUGGCCCCUUCUCUUUUUAAUGCCUUUGAUGGGACAAUGAAAUGUUACAUGAUCAACUAUGAACGCCUUUCAAGUACUCAGCUGGACAUUAUCCUAAGUGACUCUUUGGCAGCAGUGGAAUAUUUGGAGAUAGCACUCUGGUUAGUCCCAGAUAUCUCUGUAAAGAGCCUCAACUUCUCCUCUACACUCUCUAGUCUAACACUGCUCAGAGUGGACGCUGCAGAUGUCAGUACAGAAGGUAUUAGCACUACCCUACCAGCUCUCAGCAAAGUCACCUUCCCACCCUGGUAUGUCCUGCCUAAUGUGACUGAAAAUAGUCCUCUUUAUGUCCAGCUUCUUGCUUUAACUAUAAAUCCAUUCCUGCAUAUGAGCCCGACAGUCAUUGUGGGACCCAUUACUCAUAUCUUGCUGAGUACAGAAGAUUCUAACAUGGAUGUUGAAAACUUGACGGAAAAUAUAGAGAUUGUGUUGUACAGGAAUGAAAGUGCCAACCUGGAGAUGGAUAGAAAAACUCUCACAAAGGAUAAGGAUUUUAAUGUGACUGUUAAUGUGACAUCAAUAAAAGAGUCCAUGGUACUGACAUUACAACCAGAGGUCAAUAUCAAUCUAACCCUUUACCUUGGCUUCCAAGAACAGAAUAACAACAGCUAUUUACUUCAAAACAUGUCCCUUCCAGACAAUGGCAACUACACCUUGGUUUUGUCUCCCAAGCAUUUUAAAAAAGGAAUUGGCACCUACUACAUUGCUGUUACUGUGUCCAACCAAAGCAUAUGGACUGAAAGAAAUAGCAUCUCUUUAGACAUAGCCACGUUUGCCACGCAAUGCGUUUACUGGGAUUAUAAUCUUGGAAACUGGAUUAAUCCUGGCUGUCAUGUUGGAACUCAAAGCUCAUUAGCAAAGACUUACUGUAUGUGCAAUCACUUGACAUUCUUUGGCAGUACUUUUUUUGUUAUGCCACAUGUUGUGGAUUUACGUGACUCUGCAAGGCUCCUAGCCAAUGCAGCUCAGAACCCAGUAGGAUUGGCACUCCUUGCUACAUUGCUGGGACUCUUCCUAAUCGUGGUAAUAUGGGCAUGGAGAAAAGAUAAAGAAGAUGUAAAGAAGGUAAGAGUAGCAGCCCUUCCAGAUAAUAGUUCUGAAUAUCACCACAGAUAUGCCAUCAAAGUCUGUACUGGACAUCGUAUGGGAGCUGGUACAACAUCUCAGGUUCUACUGACACUUUAUGGCUCAGAAGGGCAAAGUGACCCUCACCUCUUGAUAGACACUGAGAAGCAAGUGUUCCACUUGGGAGCAGUAGAUGUCUUCCUCUUGAAAACACGCUAUCUUGGGGAGCUGCACAGUCUCAGAUUAUGGCACAGUAAUUCAAGAAGUAGCCCUAGUUGGUAUGUACAUCGGGUUAAUGUCACUGAUUUACUGGCCCAGAGAACAUGGUAUUUCCACUGUGACUCAUGGCUGGCUUCUGACUUUGCCGACUGCCAACUGGAUCGCAUCUUCCCUGCAGUCUCCAGGAGCAAUCUAAUGUCUCUAAGGUAUCUGCUCUUCUCCGGCACAGUUGACAAGCUUCUUAAGGACCACUUAUGGCUUUCUGUUUGGACUCGUAGUCCUUGGAAUCCUUUCACUCGGGUGCAAAGAAUUUGUUGCUGUAUGAGUCUCCUUUUUCUUAGUCUCCUUAUCAACAUCAUGUUCUGGAAAGGGCAAGGAGAUGGCUCUACCCAGACAGGGCAGUUUCCCAUUAAUGAGAUCAAGAUCAGUGUCCAGUCUUCUUUUAUUUUGGCAGUAGUGAAUAUCAUCAUUGUGCAGAUGUUUCAGCUUAUCCAAAAGCAAGUGACAAAGGUGAAGCUUCCCUCAAGUAAACUCCGUGUUGCUCCUUCACCAUAUCCUCCAGCCAAAGUUGAUGCAAAAGAACAGUUAAUCAUGGACGUUGGCACACUUGUCGAUUUUCUACAUAAAUAUGUAAUUCAAGUACUGGGUGAGACUCCAAUUAUCCCUGUGGCAUCAAAAAGUGAACCAAUCCUCCAGAACAUAGAGUCCCUUUCAUACCUGGUACAGUCUUAUAUUUGUGUCCAAGGACCAAACCAGGAAAAUCUCACACGCAGGAAUGUGAUGACAGCUCACCAGUGUCACUUCCUCCACUAUCUGCACCAAACGUUGACCAAGAUUCAGCUUCAGGUCUCCUCUUUGGAUUUGACUUACGUCAAUUCACCAAUCCAUUACAUACAUGCAACCAAUGUACUAUAUGAAUUGAGGGAUCAACUCCAAACUCAACACUUCUCUAAUUCACCCCUUCCAAGCAGUGUGACCACCAGUUUUCCAGUCCCUGUGGCAAAGAAAACCUUGUCCAGUCGAUUGCCCAAGUUCUUGCCAUACGUGUGUUGGUUUGUACUUCUUGCAAUCAGCUCCUUCUCUGCUUAUUAUAUGACACUUGUGAGCCUGGAUAUGACACGGGAAAAGGCCACCAGCUGGCUGAUUUCCAUGCUUCUGUCGCUUUUUCAAAGCCUCUUUGUACUUCCACCAGUCAAGGCAUUUAUCCAGACAGUGUUUAUGUUUCGUGUGCUAAGAAGAAGCAAUAUGGAUGAUGCUGCCGAGGAACAACAGUUACAUGGGAUUCUGUCUUUGUUUGCAAGUCACCCAGAUUGGGAACUCUCGGGCUGCAGGGAUCCACAGAAUCCUUUGUACUGCGCACCUGCUAAUAAGGCUAUAACAAGUCUGAAGAGGCAGAAACUGAUGGAGACGAGGCUUUACAGGCUAAUCCUGGAGAUUGCUGUUCAUGUAGUUUUUCUCGUUAUGACGAUGAUCAUGGCUUAUGCAAACAAAAGCCCUAACGAAUACAACUUAAACAAUGCCAUUUCCCAGAGCUUCUCCGGCACAUUUCUCCAGUCUGGAAACAUUGAAGACUUUUACAGCUCAACAAGUAAUAGUCUUCUGCCAAAACUUUACAGCCAGUACACAGGAUUCAUCACAGAUGGGAAUUGCUUUCUCCUGGGCAGCCCCAGGAUCCGUCAGCUGAGGAGAGCUUUUGAAAGUGCAAAUGGCCAGAGUCAAUACAACAAAGAAGAAACAGGAAAUUAUAAAGCAGGAUGGGUUCCGCUUGGUAAAAAUGACACCCCUGAUUGCGAGUGGAAAUACUACACAGAGAAGGAGUUGGUAGGAUACCCUAUCUGGGGACAACUUGGAUGGUAUUCUGGAGGAGGAUUUGUGGUAGAAUUAGGAAAGAACAUAAGUUAUGCAUCUAGUACACUUACGUGGCUACAAACUAACCAAUGGCUCGACACCUACACCAAGGCUGUUUUCGUGGAGUUCAAUGUGUAUAACGCCAAUGUACAGCUCUUCUGUUUGGUUACCUUCCUCAUGGAGACCAGUGCAAUCGGAAAUUUUUUUACAUCGGUCGAUCUUCAGAUCAUAAAACUUUCUCAGCCGACUACUGAUAUCUUCUCAUUGCAAUUUAUUAGCUACAUUGUAUUCCUCAUCAUUGUCUUGUACAAUAUUAUACAGCAGGGUUUGCUCAUGAAAAAACAGAAAUGGUCUUAUUUCUCCAAAAUAAAGAACCUCCUGGACCUGAGUAUCAUAAUGAUAAGCUUAUGCAAUACUGGUUUGUACAUCAAACUAGUCUUGCUGCGCCAAAGAGAUAUUGAUCGUUAUCAACAGGAUCGCACUGGAUUUGUCAGUUUCUACGAGACAGCCAUUGUGGAAUCAAUCCAUGACUACAGCAUUGCCUUCCUUGUUUCCCUGAUGACAGCCAAACUUUGGAGCCUUCUUAGUCUGAACCCAAAUUUGCACUUGAUAACGGUGACACUGAGAAAAGCUUGGGAUGAAAUUAGUUGCUUCCUAAUCGCUAUUGUUAUUGUAAUAGUGGCUUAUUCCAUCACCUGUAACCUUCUAUAUGGAUGGAGCAUUUAUAGUUACCGUACAUUUUUUGAUUCUGCUGUGACCAUCUUCAGCCUUCUAAUCGGCAUUUUUAAUUACGAUGAGGUUCUGGACCUCAACCCAAUUAUUGGUUCCCUGCUCAUCACUACUUACGUCAUUUUCCUAGUGUUUAUGCUCGUUAACAUCUUCUUGUCUGUCAUCUUAACUAUAUUUUCCCAGGAACGACGAUGCCCAACGUCAUAUAAGGACAAAGAAGUUGUGGACUUGCUGCUGUUAAAGCUGUCUGGUUUGUUUGUUGUUGGCAAAAAGACAAAACGGUCUGAAGAUGCAAAAAAUGAGAAAAAGCUCAUGUAAACUGGAAAUAAAGGACCUAUUCUAAGCUCAGGUGCACAGACUGUUUACAUGGGCUCCCUAUUGAGCAUAUUAUCAUAACAAAUCCCAAUUUUAGAGAAAAACUGUGUGUUUAAACAGAAUUGCCAAUUUGUGUGCAUUGCAAAUCCAAAUAUUUAAUCUGGAAGGUUGUUUGGCCUGUCCUACCUCUGUAUUAAAAAGGCCAGUGACACCUACAUACAAAUGUAAAAAGUCCUCCAACAUAACUUUUUUUAAAAAAAAUACAAAUACAUAGAGUUGUUGUAGAAAUGCAGAUGCAGAAAUUGCAACUUUAUAUACAAAUGCAUAUCAACCUAGAUGUCACCAAUUACGAAAGCACACUAUAGUGUAAAAGUUGCACUUAUAAUCAUACUAACGCAGAACUGAUGAAUAGAAAAGGCAAACUUUG